AUGGCCAACCAUCCACACGAAGGUGCUGUGAGAGUGAUGCUUGUGAAUUGUUCUGUCUGUCCGUUUUUCAAUGCUUCUCAUCAUGAUGAUGAUGAUCAAGAGCAAAUGAUGAUGGCUAAACAAGUCCGGACUGUUGAAAAUUUAUUGAAACAAAAAUUUACACUGCAGCAACAAGGAACCAAGAAGUGGUUGGAAAAUCGGGAAUUGGAAUAUCCACAUUUCUUUCCCAUUGAAUUUCAGAAUGAUCAAUCAUUCGUUUUGAAUCACAUUGCCAAGUUCGGAUAUGGCUUGAAAUACGCUUCGGAUGCGUUGAGAAGGAACCGAGAUUUUUUGUUGCAAGUAAAACCUCUCAACCUCUCUCAUGUGGCAGAAGAAUUGCAAAACGAUAAGAGUUUUGUUAUGAAAGUCGUUCAACAACAAGGAAAGGCGCUUGAAUUUGCUUUGUGCAACCAUCAACGAGAUAGCGAGGUUGUGUUAGCUGCUGUGAGACAAAAUGGUGAAGCGUUGCAAUACGUCGAUGAACACGAACGAAAUAACUGGCAACUAGUUCUUGAAGCUGUUAGGCAAAGCAAGAAAGCACUGCGUUGGGCAUCAUGUGAGUUGCUUACAAACAAAGAUUUCAUGUUGAAAGCACUUCAAACAGUAUUUCCUGAACUAACAUGUUUUGAUUGUUCUAACAAAGAAAUCAUGCUCAAAGUGGUCCAAGAAUUUGGAUUUUUGUUAAAAUUUGCAUCUAAUGAACUGAAAUGUGACAAGGAAGUUGUUUGUAAUGCUAUCAGAAAUGAUGCCUUGUCACUCCAAUAUGCUUCUGAAGAUCUGAAGAAAUGUGAAGAAAUUGUAUUGAUGGCUGUUGAACAAGACGGAAGAGCGUUGCAAUACGCAUCUUAUCCGAAACAGUAUCCACAAAUCGUAUUGACAGCAGUUAGACAAAACGGAAAUGCACUUCAAUAUGCUUCAAAAUCUAUCCAACGCAACCCAGAAAUUGUUUUGGAGGCAGUUAAACAAAACAGAGCUGCAAUUAUGUACGCUUCAAACGAUCUUAAGGAAAACAAAGAAUUCUUGUUAAGAGCUCUUGAAGAAGGAUGUUACAAGAUUCUUUAUAGGAUUUCUGACGAACAAUUUGUGUUGAAAGCAGUUCAGAGAAAUGGUCUCUGUGUAGAAUUAGCUAGAGAUUUUCGUAGGGACAAACAAGUAAUGUUGGCUGCCGUGAAAAAUAAUGGAUAUGCGUUAUAUCACGCUAGUGAUGAAUUGAAGUUGGACAAGGAACUUGUGACAGAAGCUCUUAAAUGCAACGGUUACGUGUUAAACUAUAGUGAUGAAUUGUAUCGACAAAGAAUGGAUUAUUGUUAUUGUGGUGCUUAUUUGACAGCGAAUAAUAAGGGUAGUAUUAAUAAGGCCAACCCGCUAGACGACAAAAGAGCUCAAGAGAAGGAUAUUCUUCAAAAAGCCUUCAAUGAUUGCAAAAAGGAAUCUAACCUUGUCUGUAACGAUAAUUUAUAUCAAGCAAAAAGAACAGACCAACCUUUUCAUGUUGGAGCGUUUAAAAAGAGAAUGCAAUAA